AUGGCGGGCACUCGGGCACGCAGCCGCCUCCUGCACUUGCUCCUCUGCCAGCUGUGCUGCGGCUGCAGCCCCUGCAGCGGGCUGCGCGUGUCCACGGCCACCCGCCUGCUCUACACGCUCCUGCACGUCCUCGCCUCCGCCGUGUGCUGCCUCGCGCUGUCCCGCACCGUGGCCCAGGCCGUCCGGGAGAAGGUGCCCUUCUCGGCGGCGCUGUGCGAGCACCUGGCCGGCGGCACCGACUGCGAGCGCCUGGCGGGCUCCUCGGCCGUGUACCGGGUCUGCUUCGGCACCGCCUGCUUCCACCUGGCGCAGGCCGCCCUGCUGCUCAACGUGCGCUCCAGCACCGACUGCCGCGCUCAGCUGCACAACGGGUUCUGGCUCCCGAAGCUGCUGGUGCUGGUGGGGCUCUGUGCCGCCAGCUUCUUCAUCCCCGAGGACAACUUCAUCCCAGCCUGGCACUACGUGGGCGUCUGCGGGGGCUUCGCCUUCAUCCUGGUGCAGCUGGUGCUCAUCACCGCCUUCGCGCACACCUGGAACAAGAACUGGCUCACGGGCGCCGCGCAGGACAAGCGCUGGUACCUGGCCGUGCUGCUGGCCACGGCCGCCUUCUACACCCUCGCCUCCGCGGCCUUCUCCUUCCUCUACAAGUACUACACCCACCCGGCUGCCUGCCGCCUCAACAGCACCCUGCUCACCGUCAACGGCAGCCUCUGCGGCAUCAUGUCCUUCGUCUCCAUCACGCCCUGUGUGCGGCUCAAGCAGCCGCGGUCGGGGCUGCUGCAGGCCUCCAUCAUCAGCUGCUACGUGAUGUACCUCACCUUCUCCGCGCUCUCCAGCCGCCCCCCGGAGCGAGUGCUCUACCAGGGCCAGAACCUCACCGUCUGCUUCCCCGGCGUGCGGCAGGACGAGCUGCAGGCAGAGGACACCACCGUCGCCGUCCUGGGGGCUGCCAUCAUGUACGCCUGCGUGCUCUUCGCAUGCAAUGAAGUCUCCUACCUGGCCGAGGUGUUUGGGCCCCUCUGGAUGGUCAAAGUCUACAGCUUCGAGUUCAAAAAACCCUCCUGCUGCUUCUGCUGCCCGGAGAAGAUGGAGGAGGAGCUGCGAGGUGUGUGCAGCGGCAGCGGGAGCCGGCGGCGCGGGGGGCUCGGCACCCUGGGCGCCUGCCCCAGCCCGCGGCUGCCCUCACCCCGCUCUCCAGGGACCGAGCAGACGUGCGAGCACGCGGAGGAGCCCGCCGCCGCACCGUGCCUCUUCCAGGACGAGCGGGACCGGGUGGUCUACAGCUACUCAGCCUUCCACUUCGUCUUCUUCCUCGCCUCGCUCUACGUCAUGAUGACCCUCACCAACUGGUUCAGCUACGAGGACGCGGUGCUGGAGACCACCUUCACGCACGGCAGCUGGUCGACCUUCUGGGUGAAGGCGGCCUCGUGCUGGGCCUGCGUCCUGCUCUACCUGUGGCUGCUGCUGAGCCCCCUGUGCCUCCCGGGCUCGUCCCAGCGCCGGGGCGGCAGCCCGUCCCUGCGCGUGCUGCGACGACGACGCGCCCCGCAGCGCAUCAGCGUCUCCGCGUAG